GCCACAAGAGAUUUAAUCUGUCAUCGUUGCAGGACGGUCCCUUCCAGUCAUCCUACAAGUACUCGUAGCUGUUUUUGAGAUAUGGGUGUCAAUAAUUUGUCGGUGGUUUUGAAGAAAAAGGACGAAAUUGUCUUGGAAAAUCGACCCGUAUCGGAACCCGGACCCCAUGAGGUUUUGAUUGGCAUAGACACCGUGGGCAUCUGUGGCUCUGACGUCCACUACUGGAAGAAUGGACGCAUCGGCAAUUUCAUCGUCCGAGAGCCGAUGGUCCUCGGACACGAAUCCAGCGGAACUGUGGUCAGGGUGGGGAGCAAAGUGACCCACCUCAAGCCCGGGGACAGGGUGGCCAUUGAGCCGGGGGUUCCAUGCAGGAUGUGCGAGUUCUGCAAGUCUGGGCGGUACAACCUGUGCCACGAGGUCAAGUUCUGUGCCACCCCUCCAGUGGACGGAUCUCUCUGCCAGUACUACACCCAUGCCGCCGACUUCUGCUUCAAGCUUCCGGAACACGUGAGCCUGGAAGAAGGAGCCCUGUUGGAACCCUUGUCUGUGGCCGUGCAUGCCUGUGAAAGAGCCAGAGUCACUGCGGGAAAGACAGUCCUGGUCACUGGGGCUGGACCCAUCGGCCUCUGCAAUCUCCUGACGGCCAAAGCUUUGGGUGCGACAAGAAUUCUAGUCACAGACAUCAGCGAGAGUCGCCUAGAAGUGGCCAAGAAGCUGGGGGCCAGUCAUGUGGUGUGCGUGGGGGGGAAGGAUGCCGGAGCCUCUGCGGAAGAGAUCAGGACCUCCCUCGGAGCUCCCCCGGACAUCACCGUGGAAUGUUCCGGAGCAGAGAGCAGCGUCAGACUGGCCAUCCUGGUGGGUGCUUUGCUCCUUGGAAAUUUGACGUGUCUAUGA